AUGAAAUCUUCCUCAGUGAUUCUUCCUGAAAGUGGGCAAAAGGUGUACAGACUGAACCUGUUCUUCAACACAGAGUUCGAGAGCUUCAACGAUGAUUCCUUCCACGACUCGGAGUAUUCGGAGAGUAUGGCUUCGGGUGUUACUGGUCCUCGCUCUGGACGCCGUCAUUGGCGCAGAAGGGUUCGGAGACUCCGAUCGAGAAUGGCUCGUCUCUACAGAAGUGAGAUGUUCAGAAAUAUCCUCAAAUGCUCGAUAGCUUACCUUGUUGCAUCCAUGGGUGUCUACUGGACUCCAUUUGACAAUUUCUUGGGAGUUACAGACUCAAAGCAUGUUGUAGCGACAACUGCGGUAUACUUUCAUCCGGCGAGAACGAAAGGGUCCAUGCACCAGCUGAUCAUGUUCGUGAUCAUAUCAUUGCUGUUUAGUUUUCUUGUCUCGUUAUUCUGCCGCUCCAUAUCCACAUUCUUCUUCAACAAUGGCGAGGACGAAAUCAGUUUUGGUAUUGAUCUUGUCAUCAGUUCUAUUGGCCUUGGCUUUAUCGCUUUCAUGAAGCAGAAGGUCAACAAACAGACGUUUAACACUGCAUGCUCAUUGGCAUCUAUUUCACUCAUCACUUGCAUAGUCAAGGAAGGUUCCUUGAACUCGUCCGUCAUUCCCAUGAAAAGAUUACUUUCGACCUCGCAGGUUGUCUUCGUCGGCUCUUGUGUAUCGGUUGCAACAUGUUACCUUUUAUGGCCGAAAAGUGCUGUGUCACUGCUAAGAAAGUCCCUCAAUGACUGUUUUAACAUCAUGUCGCUGUUGGUAUCCAUCACGACGCAUCGCUUCCUCAAUGGAGAAACCCUCACUAAGAAGGACUCUGAAAUCUUUGCUCUACUUAUGAAAGUUUGCAAUGACCUCAGAGGUAGUUUGGAGGAAGCUGGGUAUGAACUUCGAUUAGUGGGCAAGGAAGCUGAGCUUUCAAGUUAUACGGAAAUUGUUGAGGCUACGAUAUCUCUUCUGAGACACUUGCAGGCCUUGAGGUCUUCUUUGGAGAUGCAGUGGCUGCUCCUUCAUGACGAUCGUGGGAAAGGUAGGUCCCCCGAUGGAGCCUCCAGCAGGAGUCUUGACAGUUUCCAUUCCUCGGAUAUACACCUCUCCCAAUCGGUUGAAAACUUGAGCGCUUUUUCGAAUACAGAUCUGUUGGGUCAUGAGGCGGACCAAACCGCAAUGUACCCCAAUCAACUUUUUGAUUUAUUCGUAUACUACUUGGCUCCAUCGAUCAAGCUGUUCGUGUUCACCGUCAAGGAGGUUUUAGGCGCUGUGCCCUUUGAGCACAAAUACGUCAGAGACAAGGAUCAAGAUGUUUUCGUCAAAUCCUCCAAUUACCAAAAAUCACUUGUGAAAGCACUUGAACUAUUCCAAAGCAAGCAAGCACAUUCAUUCCGCAAAAUUUACUCUCAGGAGAUAUUCAAGCCAGAUAACUUAAUGUUCAAAACAGACCAAGAAGAAGUUACUGCGUGUUGUGGUAACUUUGCCUCUUUAUUGGCUCUUUACGGUGAGGAGCUCAUUCGGUUUUUGCAAUUGACGGAGCAUUUCGAAGUCGUUGCUAAAUCAUCCCCACGCAGUUGGUCUUUCUUGAAGGUUUGGAAAACGAAACAAGAAGAUGAAAAAGAUAAGCAGACAACUUACGAGACUGAUUUCGUGGAAGCACUUCGUGAAUUUAAAGCUCAGUUUAGUACAGUUACCAACAGACAGGCUACAGAAAAUACAGGCCUUAUCUCAGGAAAGACGAAGUUUGACGAUUUCAGAGUUCGUCUCUGGGAAUCACUUUACUUCUUCAGAAGAAUUGAUAUUCAGUUUGGUCUACGGGUCGGCGUGGGAGCAUUUUGCAUUGGUAUAUUUGCAUUUCUCCCACAAACAAAGGAUAUUUUCGUAACAUGGAGACUCGAAUGGACCAUGGUUAUUUAUUGCAUUAUGAUGAGCAAGUCACUUGGUGGAACAACUAUGACAGCAAAAUGGCGUUUUGUGGGCACCUUCCUUGGAGCCUUCAUCGCAUGGGUGGUUUGGGCAUUAACAGAAGGCAAUGAGUAUGCAUUAGCUACAACCGGCUUUUUGCUCUCUCUCCCAUGCUUCUACAUCAUCAUCUAUUGGAAGAAAAACAACCCAUUUGGACGCUUUAUCCUUUUGACUUACAAUUUGACUGCACUUUAUUCAUACAGCAUGACCCAAAAUGACUCAGAAGACGAUAAUGAAGGAGGCGUUGAGCCUAUAGUUGGCGAGAUUGCAUCCCACCGAUUCAUAUCCGUGUCAAUAGGUAUCGCUUGGGCAUUGUUUGUGGCAACAUGCUUUCUUCCAAAUAGUGCACGAAAGCGGCUCAAAUCUGGUCUCACUGUGUUGUGGCUCCGCAUGGGCGUUAUCUGGAAUAGCGAUCCUUUGGAGUAUAAAAGUGCCCCUAAUGAGCCUGCUAGACUAGUGGGACUCAAGGACUACAAAGGAACCAGUAGUCUUUUCACGGAGUGUCAGACAUUGCUAAAGCAAGCCCCUCUUGAAUUGCGCUUGAAAGGUGCACUUCCCAAGGGGAUAUAUGAGGAUCUUCUCAAAAGUACUUCAAACAUUUUGGAUGCAUUUCAAAACAUCAAGUUGAUGUUCGAAGUGGACCCCUGGUUGACUCCCAAUGAGGAGUACGUUCUAAAAUUUAUCGAAAACGAGCGAGAGGAACUCGAGCAUCGUAUCUUUUUGAUAUUUUACAUGAUUGCGAGUGCCUUGGCUCUUGGAUUUCCACUUCCUUCGAAACCUGCUUCUACUGAGCAUGCUCGGAAUCGUAUGCUAUUGAAGCUUAGUGAAGUCAGGUCAAAAUCUGUCAGUGAAAGCGUGAAACUCACUAAUGAGGAUUACGUUUUGUUAUACUCUUACCUAUUGGUGACUUCUACUAUAACCAAAGAGCUCGACAAGAUGGUAGAGCUCAUCAAGCAGUUGCUAGGUGGGUUCUCGGAAGAAAUCUUCUAUUUAGUAUAG